AGCUUGGAGGCCGAGGAGGACACGCGGGCCUCCAAGUACACGGUGCGUCCCCCUCCAGAUCUCCGGAGUCGCUACGUGGCCAUCAUGGAGGAAAGGGAAAGGAGGAGACGCCUGGCGGAGGAGGAGGCGGCCAAGGAGGAGGUGCAAGUGGAGGAGGCUGAGGGGGGCGCAUCCCCUGCAGACGCCGCCUCUCACCUCCACUUCUGGGUCCUGGUCCUUCCUCCGAAUCGCGACGUGACCACGCCCACUGUGGUCGAGCCAACCAAUGGGCAGGUGAUACCUUUAAGCCCCGCCCAAAACCCUCCUUAUCGCCAGGUGCACGCUGUCUUCGACCACACUAAUUACUGGGCGUCUGUGCGGUACGAUUCCCCCGUGUCUUCCGAUAUGGUGAGUUCGAGGACGUUGCGACAGAGAUUCCCCGGCGGCUGGAGGGAGGAGCGAUACCAAGGAGCUGUGGUAAGGAGGUACUCUCCCUUCUCCCAUCCAAGAGGAGCCACGCUGGUAUUGACCCUCUAUUCCGAAGAUGACGAGAAGCCACGAGAAAUAAGAGAGCAAUUUGAGCAGCGGAAAGACGGUCUAGAGAGCCGGGUGACAGACCUCGUGAAGGGGGACGUGGUCGAGACCUUUGCCAAGUCCCGUCAGGACACUCUGAAACGCCACCAGUACUGGGUGUCUCCCUCGGUCCUGGCGUCGCGGACCUCCCCGGACGGCCUGACGAAGCCCUCGAGGGACGACUCGGAGGAGGAGCAGCAGGAUGGCCGCGGGGAAGAGGUCUUCAUGUUCCAUUCGAAGUUCCGCGUGGACGCCCUGAGGAGUCGCAUAAUAGGGGGAGGAGUCUGGAGGGAGGAGUUUGACGAGCGAGCGGACCUCCUAUUGGCUCGCACCGUCACCUUCACGCCCACAACAGAGUCUGGCGCCGCCCCCAACAGGUCUAUACAGAGAAUCGAGGAGGAGUACGGGCAGCCCGAGGGCACGGCGCCCCACGAGGCCGUGCAACGCCGCGUGCUGCAGGUGGCGGAGGGCAGGAUCCUCCUCGUGUACCACUACUACGGCCACCGUCAUAUAUUGGCCUGA